CACGUGUCAGGGCGCACACGUCGACGCGACUGGCGUAAAUUAAAGUGAACUGCGACACACAACAUACACGUCUACAGAAUUCAAAAGACGUUUUGCUCGUUUAUAAGUUAUUCAACUAAAUUGUUGGAAACAAUUUUCAAUUAGUUAUUUAAUUUAAUCUCUUCCGUAAACGAACAAAUUAUAAAAUGGCACCAAAACAGAGAAUGCGCAUCGCCAACGAAAAAGCCACGAAGAAUAUUAAUCUUCGUGGAAAUGUACCAAAAUCAUCGAAACCACAAGACGAAGGAUCACCAGUUGGGCCAUGGCUAUUAGCACUUUUUAUAUUUGUUGUUUGUGGGUCAGCCGUAUUUCAAAUAAUUCAAAGUAUCAGAAUGGCUUAAAGGAUUAUAAAUGCAAAAAAGGGAAAAUGAUAUCGUUACUGUUGAUAUAAUGAACUAUUUACAAAAUAUCAAUACACAAAUGCCAUCAUCAUUUUUCGAGAAACUAACAAUCUUGACACGGGUCUAAGUAGUACAGUGAAGGUGAUAAUGUCUUCAUACGUACAAGUUUUCAAUAUCAUCUAGAGAAUUCUAUUUUCCCUUUGCUAAUGGCUCAAAGAUUAUUUAUAAAAACUUAGCAUUUACAAGCGUUUAACUUAAUCAUGCCAUGCAUUGAUGGAAGCGAAGACUGUACAUUUUAUAGAAUAUUACAUGAUAUAUUAUAUUUAUCAAGGGUAUAUAUUUUACUCUACCUUUCAUUAAGAAGCAUUUCAUACUAUUUCCAAUAUAUGUAAUAAUCUCUUUUAGAAAUUUUUUUCAAAAUGUUUAAAUAAUGUGCACUCUUCCAUUGAUGCAUUUAUAGUAAAUAAUUGUAUAUAAAUAAACAAUUCGUCAUAUGAAUUUAUAAAGCA